GCCAAAUAUUAAUAUUCAGCUCAUUCGUUCAUUAGUUCCUUCUUAGUAGUGUAAUAUACACUUGAAGUGUACAUAUCAGUGCUAAUUUGUUAUGCUCAUCGUCAUCUCUAUAUCAUUCUUGAAGAGCUCUCUCUGAAUAGUGCUUCAUUUACUCACUCAUUUAUUAGAAGCUGCCAACUUUCUGCUUUAAAUAAGCAAACAUAUAUCAGACACUUGGGGAAAGAACGAGCAAUUUUAGCUAAUUAUUAUUAAGACCAGGAGACUAAUGAAUGCACAUGAUGAUUAAUAGCAUGAUUAAGCAGGGGGAGACAAGGAUAAUACAUGAUAUUUAGUGAUCGGGACUGAGGAGAAGCUGACAGAAAAAGGAGAACGGGGGAUCAUAAUGGAGCUGCGUAGAGCUAAGGAUGGUGUUAAAAAGAAUCAGAAAGUUGGAUUGUAUAAGCUGCUUUUCUUAUAUGCUGAUAGAAGAGAUGUGGUUCUGAUGAUUAUUGGAAGCAUAGGAGCCAUUGCAAAUGGGGCUUCACAACCAAUUAGCACUCUUGCAUUUUCACAGCUUGUUAACUCCUUGGGCAACCCUAGUCGAACUCAGCUGCUCCACCAAGUUUCUAAGGUUGCUCUUAAGAUUUUAUUCGUGGCUAUUGGUGGAGGGAUUGCUGGAUUUUUACAGGUGUGUUGUUGGAUGGUGGCCGGUGAACGGCAAUCGAGUCGAAUAAGAGCAUUGUACUUAAAAUCGCUAUUAAGGCAAGAAAUCGCUUUUUUUGACACCAAAACCACCACCGGGGAGGUGAUGAGCACUAUUUCUGGAGAUAACAUUCUCAUUCACGAGGCCAUGGGAGAAAAAGUUGGCAAGUUCAUCGAAUUUGCAUCCACCUUCAUUUCAGGAUUCAUUAUUGCAUUUGCCAGAGGCUGGUUUCUGUCCAUAGUUUUGCUGUCGUGGGUUCCGGCAAUUGCCAUCAUUGGAGGAUUCUUGGCAUUGUUAACAUCGAAGAUAUCGGCCAGUGGACAAGUAGCUUAUGCAGAAGCCGGAAAUGUAGUAGAUCAAGCGCUGGGAGCUAUUAGGACUGUCGCAUCAUUCUCUGGAGAGACAGAAGCUAUUGAAAAGUACAACAACAAGCUGCAAAUUGCUUAUGAAGCUACUGUGCGACAAGGGCUGGCUACUGGGGUUGGGCUUGGUUUGAUGUUGUUUACUGCAUUCGCGAGCUAUGGCUUUGCCUUUUGGUAUGGAUCAAGACUUAUCAUAGAUCAAGGGUAUAAUGGAGGAGACGUGGUGAACGUCAUUCUUGCCAUCAUGGUUGCUGGAUCGUCGAUGGCCCAAAUGUCACCAUGCCUCAAUUCAUUUUCGGCAGCGCAAGCUGCAGCUUAUGAGAUGUUUGAGGCGAUCAGCCGUCAAUCUCUGAUUGAUCCAUGCGACACAAGUGGAAUUGUAUUGGAAAAUCUUGAGGGUGAAAUCGAAUUCCAGGACAUCUACUUCAGGUAUCCUUCGAGGCCUAAUGUGCAGAUUUUUUCUGGACUUUCGUUACACGUUCAGAAAGGGAAAACACUGGCAUUAGUAGGGCAGAGCGGAAGCGGGAAGUCAACAGUUAUCAGUUUACUGGAGAGAUUUUAUGACCCUGAUGCUGGAAGAGUGAUGAUAGAUGGUAUUGAUUUGAAUAAGUAUCAGUUAAGAUGGAUAAGAGGAAAAAUGGGGCUGGUGAGCCAGGAGCCAGUGUUGUUUUCCACCACCGUGAAGGAAAAUAUACUAUAUGGAAAACCUGAUGCUACUGAUGAGGAGAUAAAAUCUGCAGUAGAGCUUGCUAAUUGUGCAGAAUUUAUUGAUAAGCUAUGCAAUGGGCUUGACACAUUGGUGGGUGAAAAUGGGACACAAUUGUCAGGGGGACAAAAGCAAAGAAUUGCCAUUGCCAGGGCUAUUCUGAAAAACCCAAGAAUUCUUCUUCUGGAUGAAGCAACAAGUGCUUUGGAUGCAGCAUCUGAACGAAACGUACAACUUGCCCUUGAAAAAGUAAUGCCUGAUCGAACAACUAUAGUUGUCGCCCACCGUUUGUCCACUAUAAAAAAUGCUCACCUUAUAGCCGUGCUGCGUGCUGGAAGAUUAGUCGAGCAUGGGACUCACAAAGACUUAAUUCAGAAUCAUGACGGGGCAUAUCACCAGCUUCUUUGCAUGCAAGAGGGAGUUGGCCAAACAGGAAAGAACAGUGGAAACAAUGCAGCAAAAAUAGAUCCAUCCAUCAAAACAGGGGACUCAGUUAUGUCAUCAGGUAGAACAUUAUCAGGAAGAUUUUCAUCAAGCAGAAAAUCACUGAGCAACCAGUUAUCCUCUGUGUUUAUCUUUAGAGAUGAAACUACAGCUAAAGAAAAUGUAGUUGAAAGAAGCCAAACUGAUGUCAAGAAUAACAGGAACUUAUCCAUUAAACGGCUGGCUAGGAUAAAUAAACCUGAGUUGCCAGCUUUGAUCAUCGGUUCCAUAGCUGCAGGAGUACAUGGUGUAGCCUUCCCUGUAUUUGGACUCUUAAUAGCCACAGCCUUUGGAAUCUUCUUUGAAACACCAAAAGAACUAGAGGCAGAUUCCAGGUUCUGGGCAUUAAUGUUUGUAGUGGUUGGUGCCGUAGUUGUGAUUGCUGCUCCUGUUCAGAACUAUAUGUUUGGAGUUGCAGGUGGUAAACUGGUGCAACGCAUCCGCUCCUCGCUCUUUGAAAAUGUGGUUCACCAAGAGAUCAGUUGGUUCGAUAACCCUGCAAACUCAAGUGGUGCAGUAGGUUCAAGGCUGUCUAGCGAUGCUUCAACUUUGCGAAAUCUUGUUGGUGACACGUUAGCAUUAGCCAUGCAAAACAUAGCAACAACGGUAGCUGGUCUGUUGAUAGCCUUCAUGACGAACUGGAAGCUAGCCCUCACUAUCGUAGUUGUCGUGCCACUCAUGCUCAUAGAAGGAUACUUCCGCAUGAAGCUUUCUAAGGAUGGGACUAACAAGGUGAUAUUUGAAGAAGCAAGUCAGGUAGCCAAUGAUGCCGUUCGGGGCAUCAGAACCAUUGCAUCCUUGUCAGCUGAACAUAAAGUGAUGGAGAUGUACCAAAGCAAAAGUAAAGCUCCCACGCAACAAGGCCUUUGGCACGGAAUUGUUGGUGGUGCCGGUUUAGGCUUUGCUAAUUUUGUAUUGUUCUCGAUAUAUGCCUUCUCUUUCUAUGUUGGAGCGGUCCUCACAAACCAGGGGCAGGCAAACUUCAGUGAAGUUUUUAAGGUUUUCUUUGCAUUCCAAAUCUCCUCUAUUGGAAUUGCGCAGAGUAGCAGCCUCCUUACUGAUUUUAACAAGUUCAAGGAGUCGGCUGCUUCUAUAUUUGAGAUUCUCGACAGGAAAUCCCUGAUCGACUCAAGUAGUCGUGAUGGUCUCAUGCUAGAUACACUAAAAGGUGACAUAAAAUUCCAGCAUGUUAGCUUCAAAUACGCCACAAGACCCGAUACUCAAAUUUUCCAGGACCUGAGCUUGUCUAUAUCAUCGGGGAAGACAACUGCUCUUGUGGGACAAAGUGGUAGUGGUAAAUCAACCGUGAUAAAUCUACUACAGAGGUUCUAUGAUCCAGACUCUGGUAACAUAUACUUGGAUGAGAUAGAAAUUCGACAAUUUAAUCUAAGCUGGUUGAGGAGACAAAUGGGAUUGGUGAGCCAGGAGCCAAUACUCUUCAACGAGACAAUCCGAGACAACAUUACCUAUGGCAGCCAAGGAGACGUGAUGGAAGAAGAGAUCAUCGUGGCAGCAAAGGCUGCACAUGCACACAACUUCAUAUCAUCUUUACCCGACGGUUAUGAUACUUACGUAGGGGAGAGAGGGAUUCACUUAUCCGGUGGACAGAAGCAACGCAUAGCGAUUGCCAGGGUGAUUUUAAAGGAUCCAAAGAUCCUUUUGCUGGACGAGGCAACAAGCGCACUGGAUGCCGAGUCGGAACGACUGGUGAUGGAUGCAUUAGACGGAGUUAGAAUCAAUAGAACUACCGUGAUUGUUGCGCACAGGCUGAGUACAGUUAGAGAUGCGGAUACAAUUGCAGUGGUGAAAGAUGGUGUGGUUGCCGAGAAAGGAACACAUGAAGUGCUAAUGGGAAUUGGUGGCAGCAUUUAUGCCAAUUUGGUGAUGCUCAACACAAGCUCAACAUGAGCAUUCCCAAUCCCUUCUCCUAUUUUCACCUAUCCUAUCCCCCACCCCACACCAUAUAUCAGUAACUAAAGAAAUGUGAUUUAUGUGGAGUAUCUGCCUUUACUUUGAGGGUGUGUUGAUUGCAGCCGAGUAAAGCGAAGGCGCUACCAGCCGACCGAGAAAGGCCAAAGUCUUUCUCAUAAUCAGCAUUUUAUAUUAAUA